AUGAAAAGCGCGCAGUGUAGCAGGGGCAAGCCGUUUUUUUUGGAUGUCGCUCUGCCUCCUGGUGGACGGGCUGGGGGUGUCCUCGUUGCUGCGGAACGCGGCAUCGCACACCUGGGCCAAGAAAGGGCCGUCGGUGCAGCGGGCAUGGCUGGUGCGCGACUCCGCGCUGCAAGAUUUGGAGCACCCGGGCUUCACCCUAGUGGACGGCAGCCAGCUGUGGAUACAUCAGCCGCUGCUCGAUCCCGGUUCCAGCGAUGCCAAGCAGCGCUUGCAGGAGCUCGAGUCUCAGUGGUCACCGCCGGCUGUGUGGGGGGACAAUGAGACGCUCAUCUUGGAGGGCGUCACAUGGCAAGUCUUGCGGCGUUUGCGCCUCCUGUCCGCCCCGGAGCUGCUGAAACAAGACUGCGAUUGGUUUGGAUACUUCCGGGCGAACUCCUUUGUCAACACAGGUGCCGUUGUGACAGUCUUGCAGCAGCUGUGCCAAAGACGGGGCUGGUCCAUGGAGAUGCCCCUCAUCCUGGGCAGGGGCAUUGUUGCAGAGCAGCACGGCGUCACCAUGCCGGCGCUCAACUGGGGCAGCGACAUGCUCGAGGUGAUCUGGGCCUCCCGGGGUUUGCUGCUGAACCGAGCGGCCCUCAACAAGAUCAGCGCCAUGGUGGCUCGCGGGAGGCUGCCCGGCGGCAUCCUGCAGGUCACCAAAAUGUUCAUACCCAACUUGAGAGUUCUGCAAACUGGCUUGGUCUACGCCUUUGCUGGGGACAGCCACAUGCAGGGUCUGGUGGAGUUUGUUUUUGCUGCAGCUCUGCGCGGGCAUGACCAGGCGCUGAGAAUUCGGUGGAUGCCCGAACAUAGCGAGCGGUUUCUGGAGGGAGAGCUGGUGUUGGAGCGCUUUGCCUUCCGAUUGGCAGCGGCCUCCUUUGGGUGGUCUAGAAGGGACCGCAACAAGGCCGGCUUGCGGGGACCAAAAAGAGGCAGAUCAGAUCCUGGCCUGAGACUGAGAAAGCGGAGCACCACGUUCUGGGAAAGCUGCCUGGGCCGCAUGAACUGCGCUGCAAGCAUGCUGCCGCAGUGUGUUUUGGUGAUCCACCCGAUGGUCUCGGAGGAGCAGAUGAAGGAUCUGCAUCGGCUGGUGCCGCGGGUUUCUUGCCUCGCCGGGCCCAACCUCCGCUUGCGAGGCGACAGCCCGGUGCACAACGCCUUCAGCGCACCAACUUCCGCGGUAUCCCGCGAUGCGUGGUCGUCUUCCUGGUGCCGGUCUGUGAGGAGGAAUCGGCAGAUCUGGUCUCACCUGGUCUCCUUCUCCUGGUCUGCCACGCAUCCACACAGCGCUACAACACAGCUGGUGAGUUCCAGAGGUGGAACGCGGAAAGGCUGGCGGCCGUGCCCCAAGCUGCACUUCGCUCCGCGCCUUCGGCCCUGGGACCGGCCCCAGCCCUUGGCGCUGCACGGGGACGAGUGGGUGCGGGGCCCCGCAGGACAGCUGCGCUUGCGGCUGCCCACCAUGAUCCUUCUAUCUUUGCCCAACAGCGGCACCACCUGGAUCAUGACUGUCUUGGAAGAGGCGCAGAAGAACAAGGGCUGCGUAGCAGGCAGCAGCGACAUUUUGCAUCCCAACUGCAACGGGUUGCUGAUGAAGGAGCUGUCGAAGGUGGCAGGCGCUCCCGAUCACGAAAGCUGGCCAAACAUUUUCGAGUCGCCGCCUGCGGCUGCCAUGGACCUGCUUUUGGAGCUUGCCAUUGACCAGCUUCAUGGCAAGGCGUUGACAGAGGUGCAGCAGAUGCGCCUCUCGGGAUUCACCACCGCGGGGGAAGAACUGCCCUCCGCACUGGUGUGGCCUUGGAAAGGAUGGAUUCCACGCGGGGCUGACGUCACUCGGGUUGGCCUUGUGCUGACGAAGGAAAUUAUCAAUGUGUAUCAAGUGUCCAAUCACCUGGAGAUGCGUCAUCGUUCUGGUCUACGCCCAGCAGUUAUUGCCUUUGCACUAUAUCGUCAUCGGGCGCAUUGCUUUCCAAUGUCUAACUCCAGCGCCGCUCUUUGCAAAGAGUGCUGGUACCAGCAGAUCUUGCGUGCCUUCGAGAUGGCAAACUUUGCUGCUGACUACGCGAUGCGGGGCUUGCAGCGAUUUUGGCGGACGAAAGGUCGACUUGUUGGAGGAGUUGCAGGCCCCUCCGGCUUGAUCUUUGCGCACCUCGUAGCAUGGUUCCCGCUUCUUCGUGCUCAGCUCUUUGGUCUUCGAGUACUGGACUAUGUCCGCCUGGUGACUUUGGAUUUGCUCGACCUGCGGCGGUACCUCAACCAGACCUUGCCUGGGGGCCUGCUGCGAGGCCCAGGCGUUGAGGCUUUGUCACGCAACUUUCUGUCCAACCGCUUUCCGGAUCCUGAAGGCUUCUUGGCGAAGCGGGAGCGUUCAUACCUCAAGCUCGGCGCCGAGCCCUUUGCUCGCGCUGCCAUUGCGGAGCGGGGGGUGGGGCGGGUGCGCAUUGGACCAUGACAUGUUGCGCCCGCUGAAAACACCUUUUGAGCGUGCUAUGGCUUUGGCCGAAGAAUGGCU